UUCUCUUUUUCUGUAGCAACUCAAUAGCUCAGAAAUUUCGUAACUCUUAUAUCAUUGAAAAUAAGUUAAACCCUAAAACAAAAAACCCUAAGCUAUGAAGGUCAAAGUAAUAUCACGCUCCACUGAUGAAUUCACUCGAGAACGAAGCCAAGAUCUUCAGAGAGUUUUUCGAAAUUUUGAUCCGAACCUUCGACCCCAAGAGAAAGCUAUCGAGUAUGUUCGGGCACUUAACGCCGCCAAAUUGGAGAAGAUAUUUGCGAGACCGUUCAUUGGAGCAAUGGAUGGGCACAUUGAUGCUGUUUCAUGUAUGGCAAAAAAUCCAAAUUACUUGAAAGGGAUAUUUUCUGGUUCUAUGGAUGGAGAUAUUCGCCUUUGGGACAUGGCUUCCAGGCGAACAGUCUGUCAGUUUCCUGGUCAUCAAGGUGCUGUACGAGGUUUGGCAGCCUCUACAGAUGGGCGCACUCUGGUAUCUUGUGGAACCGAUUGCACUGUAAGACUUUGGAAUGUUCCAGUAGCUACUAUUGUGGAAUCAGAUGACUCUUCUAACUGUACAGCAGAGCCAUUGGCAGUUUAUUCUGGGAAUAAUGCAUUUUGGGAUGUUGAUCACCAAUGGGAUGGCGAGCUCUUUGCCACAGCUGGUGCUCAAGUAGAUAUUUGGAAUCACAAUAGGUCUCAGCCUAUUAACAGUUUUGAAUGGGGAACAGACACAGUUAUAUCUGUUCGAUUUAAUCCCGGGGAACCAAACCUCUUAGCAACAUCAGCAAGCGACCGAAGCAUAACAUUGUAUGAUUUGCGUGUAUCAUCUCCAGCAAGGAAACUUAUCAUGAGGACAAAAACCAAUUCCAUCGCAUGGAACCCAAUGGAGCCAAUGAACUUCACAGCUGCAAAUGAGGAUUGCAACUGCUAUAGUUAUGAUGCUAGGAAAUUAGAUGAAGCCAAAUGUGUACACAAAGAUCAUGUUUCUGCAGUGAUGGAUAUUGACUUCUCGCCUACAGGUCGAGAAUUUGUAACAGGAUCAUAUGAUAGAACAGUUAGAAUUUUCCAGUACAAUGGUGGGCACAGCCGGGAAAUCUAUCAUACAAAAAGAAUGCAAAGGGUGUUUUGUGUCAAGUUCAGUUGUGAUGCUAGUUAUAUUAUUUCUGGAAGUGAUGACACCAACCUUAGGCUAUGGAAAGCUAAAGCAUCAGAGCAAUUGGGAGUGCUACUUCCAAGGGAAAGAAAAAGGCAUGAAUAUCAUGAAGCUGUCAAGAAUCGCUAUAAGCACCUUCCUGAGGUUAAGCGAAUUGUAAGGCAUAGACACUUGCCGAAACCCAUAUACAAAGCUGCUUCUCUUAGACGUACAAUGACUGAAGCUGAAAGGAGGAAAGAAGAAAGAAGGAAAGCUCAUAGUGCUCCAGGAAGUGUUGCCACUGAACCAUUACGUAAAAGAAGAAUCAUCCAAGAAGUUGAGUGAGUUAUGGCAUUAUCAGUUACUUUGAUCAUCUGUCCUCGGCGUGAAGGUCCCUAGGUCUGGCCAUUCCCUGGUUGCCAUUCCCCAAUGUGGUCCAAAGUGAACUAAACAUGCAAGCUCUAGAGAAUCAUUAUUACAAGCUCUUUGUAUUUAACAGUUUUGAUAGGCCAAGCUCUUCCAUGUUAGUGUUACAUGAUCAAAUAAUUUUUUCCCCCUUCUAAUGGUCGAGAAAACUUUGAUUUA